AUGCGCUGUACGUCAUUCCCCGCAGUACUCCGUAUUUAUUGUUGCUCAGGUUUCCCCCUCUUCCAAGCUUCAUCUACUCUUCUGUUUUCUUCCUGCUUUCAUCUUUUGAAAAUGGUUCAUCUCGCUCGUGUGAAGACUGACAACGAGGUCGCCCCGACUCGUGAAUUCGAUACUCUGCCCGCGCCGGACGAGAAUGACUUCUACACCAAUGUCUACGGCAGCCAUUUCGCUGCGGACCAUCUCAACCACAAUGAGAUGCCCGAGAGAGAAAUGCCUCGUCAAAUCGCUGCUCGGAUGAUCAAGGAUGAGUUGAGCUUGGAUGGUAACCCCAAGCUGAACCUCGCAUCAUUCGUGACAACUUACAUGGAGGAGGAAAUUGAACAGAUCAUGACGGAUUCAUUCAGCAAAAACUUCAUUGAUUACGAAGAAUACCCCCACUCCGCUGAAAUUCAGAAUCGGUGCGUCAACAUGAUUGCGAGACUAUUCAACGCCGAUACCUCUGGCGAGAAUGCCAUGGGAACCUCAACAAUCGGAUCCUCUGAGGCCAUCAUGCUGGGUACCUUGGCUAUGAAGAAGCGCUGGCAAAACAAGCGCAAGGCUGAAGGAAAGGACUUCUCGCGUCCCAAUAUCAUUAUGAACAGUGCAGUGCAGGUCUGUUGGGAGAAGGCUGCCCGCUACUUUGAUAUCGAGGAGAAGUAUGUUUACUGUACCGAUACUCGAUUUGUUAUCGAUCCCCAGCAAGCAGUUGACUUGGUGGACGAGAACACCAUCGGAAUUUGUGCUAUUCUUGGAACCACCUACACAGGAGAGUACGAGGACAUUAAGGCUAUCAAUGAUCUGCUCGUCGAGCGUAAUAUCGACUGCCCAAUCCACGUUGAUGCCGCUAGCGGUGGCUUUGUUGCCCCUUUCAUCCAGCCCGAUCUGGAAUGGGAUUUCCGCCUCGAGAAAGUGGUGUCUAUCAACGUUUCCGGUCACAAGUAUGGUCUGGUCUACCCUGGCGUUGGAUGGGUUGUCUGGCGUGCCCCGGAAUACCUGCCCCAGGAGCUUGUCUUCAAUAUCAACUACCUCGGAGCCGACCAGGCUAGCUUCACUCUGAACUUCUCCAAGGGUGCUGCCCAUGUCAUUGGCCAGUACUAUCAGCUGAUCCGCCUGGGCAAGAACGGUUACCGUUCAAUUAUGACUAACCUUACUCGCAUCGGCGACUACAUGUCAUCGGAGCUUGAGAAGAUGGGCAUGAUCAUUAUGAGUCAAACUAAGGGUCGAGGUCUCCCCCUUGUUGCUUUCAGACUCGCUCCUAGCUCCGAUCGCGUGUUCGAUGAAUUUGCCGUGGCUCAUCAGCUGCGUGAGCGUGGCUGGAUUGUCCCUGCGUAUACCAUGGCUCCUAACAGCGAAAAGCUGCAACUGAUGCGCGUUGUCAUCCGCGAAGAUUUCAGCAUGACACGCUGCGACAGUCUGCUCCAGGACUUCAAGCUUGCACUGGAAACAUUGCAGUCUAUGGACCAAUCCAUGGUUGCUAAAUACAAGACACACAUUCAAAGCCACCGCUCGCAGAUUAAGCACCAGCACACCCACACACACUACAAGAACGAGAAGCACUCGCUGCAAGGCAAGGCUGGAAAGACCCACGGCGUGUGCUAA